AUGCGAGGCUCUUCAAUCGUUCUGCUGUACGCAGCCACCUUGGCCUCGGGUAUGGUCAUGAACCCCAGACACGCUGCUGAGGCUCAUCUUGCCGUCCGCGGCGGCGGUGGCGGCGAUGAGAAUGGUGGUGGUGACUGGUGGGACCAUGGUGACCAUGGUGAUCAUGGAGACCGCGGUGAUCAUGACGGUGAUCAUGGCCACGGUACUCCCCCAUCGGAGACUACUCCUUGCGAGACUGAGACUCCUCCGCCUGUCGAGACUCCCCCUCCCGUGGAGACCUCUACUCCGUGUGAGACUGAUACUCCCACUCCUCCUCCGGUUGUGACUCCUACUACCACUCCGUGUGAAACCGACACUCCCACUCCUCCUCCCGUGGAGACAUCUACUCCAUGUGAAACUGAUACUCCCACUCCUCCCCCGGUGGUGACGCCUACCACUACUCCUUGCGAGACUGAUACGCCCACCCCGCCUCCAGUUGAGACAUCUACUCCCUGUGAGACUGAUACGCCCACUCCUCCUCCAGUUGAGACAUCUACUCCCUGUGAGACUGAUACGCCCACUCCUCCUCCGGUCUCAUCUACCCCAUGCGAGACGGAUACUCCUACUCCUCCCCCUGCUACAUCUACUCCAGUUUCCCCUACCACCCCAUGUGAAACUGACACUCCCACUCCUCCCCCUGCUACCUCUACCCCGGUGUCUCCCACUACGCCUUGCGAGACUGAUACCCCUACUCCUCCCCCUGCUAGCAGCACCCCGUGUGAGACUGACACUCCUACACCUCCUCCUGCUACUUCUACACCAGUUUCGCCCACUACCCCUUGUGAAACUGAUACCCCCACUCCUCCCCCCGCUACAUCUACUCCAGUGUCCCCAACAACACCCUGUGAGACCGAUACUCCUACUCCUCCUCCUGCUUCCUCUACUCCGGUGUCUCCUACUACUCCUUGUGAGACCGACACUCCCACUCCCCCUCCUGCUAGCACAACUCCCUGCGAGACGGAUACCCCUACUCCUCCUCCCGCCAGCACCACUCCUUGCGAGACAGACACUCCUACCGUGCCCCCUCCAGCUAGCACCACUCCGUGUGAGACUGAGACCCCAACAGUCCCUCCCCCGGCCUCCACUACUCCCUGUGAGACCGAGACUGUGCCUCCCCCUCCAGUUGUCGUGACCACUACCUGGACCACCACCACCUGCCCUGUGACCUGGAGCACUGUCUCAAGCGGAACAACAACCUACACCCACCCAGUGACCCAGACCAACACGAUCACUGUGACAUCUGUCUCUACCUGCACUGAGGGUUGCACUCAGCCUACAGUUCCUGUUGUUGUGCCUCCGCCCGCACACACAACCUCUGUCAUCGUGCCUCCUCCAGUGCAGACCACUUCUGUCGAGGUUCCUCCUCCCGCCCACACAACCUCUGUCGUUGUGCCUCCUCCAGUGCAGACCACUUCCGUCGAGCAAAGACUACCUCUGUCGCGGUUCCUCCCCCCUGCUACUGAGCCCACUGCUCCAGCCGCAUCUACCUCCCCGGUCUCCCCCGUGCAGCCCACUACCGCGGCCACAUCGGCAUCGUCCACAACCGCUCCUCCCGCUUCUUCCUCGCCCGCUUUCAACAGUGCACCUGCUCAGUUCCAGAAGAGUAUUGCGGCCUUCAUCCCAGGUCUUGCUCUUCUGUUCACUCUGCUGUAA